UUCCUUCCUGUCUUCCUUCCUGUAUCUAUUGUUGGAAAACUGCAUAGAGCGAUCCUACUCUCUGCAUCUCAGGACCUAGACCUUUCAUACUGUAUAUCAAUACAAUGCCAUGACUAUGGCCAGCUCAAAGGUCAGUUCAACGUCGGUCAUGGUCGUUUAAGUCGUCGAUCAGAGGCCGGUCACACAGAUGGUCUAUUUUUUGGCGCCCGCUGGGCGGUUCCAUACCCGUCGGUCCCCCAUGAUUCGUCCAAACAUAUGCACGCAAGCGCCAAAUGAGGACCAUUCCGGAGCAAAGUCGACGCCUCUCCAUGCUAUUGAUUCUAUUAUUACUUUAGCCCUACUGUCGAUGCCUGUCAUGCCUGCGAAUUCCCCCUGUUCUUCCGUCUCCAUUGGAUGCCACCGAUCAGCAUGACCUCGCACUACUUGUUCCGUUCAAACCGAUCGCUGGCUUCAUUUGCUCGUUUCGACGCUCCUCGGCCGCCAGCUUGUCCAUACCACGCACAUAUCGAGGCGCAAGUGCCGUUUUGGUCUCGCAGAUGGCCUCCAUCGGGUCGCUACCGCUGAUGGGAUGUGUGCGCAUUACCGCCCCGCUCAAUUACGCUCAGCGCUACGGUAAGUCGUCGAAGAAACAAUUGUGGUAUAAACGUUCCUUUGGCCCCAUUACGAAGUUACCCAUCUAUUCAUCCAUUCUCAUCUUCGUCGUCGGUGUUUUUUUUUGUGUGUCAGUUUAUUUGUUUUGUUUGUGUGAAGUCUUCGUUGAUCGAAGCAUCCUAUCGCUUGUAAUAUUUAUUCCCGACGCUGCGCGUCAACAAUUUUCAGUAUCAGUUGGAUAGACAAACCAAAACACAUACAGUUGUCGCCUUUUCAGGUUCUCUUACGUCAAAAUGGCUUCGCUAGAUUUCUUACCAGCUGCUACAUACGAAGCUCAGUCGUCCGUGCAGGCUCCACGGCGACGACGCUCACUUAAUACUAUAAUGGAAGACGAUGAAGAAUCAAUGAGAGGAGGAGACGAUAGAGAAGAUGAUCGCGGACGGCGUGGAUCGCCGUCCCCGAAAGCUCCAAACUGGUCAGACUGGCGCUCUCCAUUGAGCGACCAUUUCCCAACACCCAGAGGAAACCACUUCAUGAUCGCUCCACUCAUGCCUGCUUCGCCAUCCUCACCCGCCGACAGCGAGUAUUCGCAAACCUCGUCCAGGCCCUGGACCAGAGAUAGCGUUGGCACUCAAGCCACGGAUUUCGACGAUUUGUACGACGUCUCAUCCGACGAGGAAGACUCGUACAAGGCCCGCCAGGCUCGCUCUUCAAUAGUUCGGGAAACAAGCUCUCGCAAGUCGACAGCUUCGCCCCGGCAACGCAACUCGCUACCAUCUCUCAUCAUUCCCCAGUCGAAUGAACAAUGGAAGGCCAUGGCUGCAUUCAAGAAACUCGCCUCGCCAGUUCCCCCAACCCCACCACCAAAGGUGCCAAUGUCGCCCGCUGUUUUCCAGUACCUCGCAGAACAGUCCGCGCUCGCAGUACCGUCAUCCUCAGCCCCACCGUCGCUCGAUGGAAGCUUGACUUCCGAGCAGAUGGCUCUCAUGUCGGCUCCUCCUACUCCAAACACUGGAAACGAGGAGAACGACGAUGUCGAUCAAUGGGGAGGAGUUCAGCUACAGCCUGCGGCUAUGGCAACCCUCCAAGCCCUUUCUGGGGAUGACAUGUACGACAUUCCCGAACAGGUGAUUGAGCUUCCAAUCCGAUCACCAACAACGGAGAUGCAGCAAAGCCCGCCACCAAUCAAUACCAGCAUCCACAGAAACAACUCUGUUGUUCUGUCACCCGAGCAGCAACAGUCAAUGAGCAGCUUGACAGCAAUUGAGAUUCCGUCUCCAGGAGGAUUCUUCGCCAGCUUGUCGAAUGCUUCUAGGCACACAUGGCACAUCAUGCCUUCCAGUCUUAACAACGAUGCUCCACCGUCCUCGGCGACAGCAGAGCACUUUUACAAGACGCCAUGGAUGUCCGAGCCCAUUGAGCGCAUCGUUGAGGUGACCGAGUCCAUGUCUGACGGAUGCCCAACUGCUCGCCCAAUCCUCCUGAAGACUGAUUUGGAGGAAACAAUCAAGGGCCUAGACUCUCCUAUUGAGGAGAUCAUCGCCACGGAAAUCAUUUCAGAUUACGACAUUACCUACGUCCGCAAGCUAAACGAGGAUUCAUUGGAGCACUUUGAUCGCACCCAGCUGUGGCUUACUGCUCAAACCUCCUACCUCUCUGCUCUGAUCAACCCAACUGAGGCGCGUGACGACGAGGUAGCCAUUCAGAGGCGCGAUUCCCAGAUCGUAAGAGGCGGCAAAGCCACCGUCGACUCCGAUAGCGAGACUACACCGAAGAAGAAGACCGUUCGCUUCUCGGAAGUCCCAACGUCAAUACUCGGUGUCAGCAUCGUGGUCGGCCGCCCUCCUCCUCAACUCACCCGCCUGGAGUCCGCCUACUUCCGCUCUUUCCGCACCUUUGUUGCCGUAUCGCGCUACCGCGAUACCUUUGUGCACCGCACACCCCGCUUUGAGGCUCUGCAAAUCCAGCGCACAAACUUCCCCCAGGCAUACCGCAAUCAGCUGCUCGGCAAGUUUCAACUCAGCGUUGUGCCAAUGAGCGCAAAGAAGCGCAUGUCCUCCAAUGUCGCACGCGGUGAUGAGACAGCACCCGAGGACCCAGCCAAGCUCAAGGCUGAUAAGGAGAGAGAGGCGAAGGAGCAGAUGAGCGCUUCGACGUGGAACGUUACGGCAAUGAAGAUGCUCAAUGGAGGCCGCCUGAUCGCCGCACCCGUAGCCAAGAAGCUCGCUCGCCUGUCACGCAUGGGACCUUCCGCCAACGGAACCCCACGCGAUCGCGCUCGCAUCCUCGAUCUCGGCGGACAAGCCACCUGCGACUGGGCAUGGCACUGCGCGACCGAGUACCCCAACACCAAGGUAUACACCGUCAGCACCAAGACCUCGCGCCAGCUAUCCAACUCCAACAUCCACGGCCCGGCCAACCAGCGCCAGGUAGCCGUCAACAAGCUGACCAGCCUCCCCUUCAAGGACGACCAAUUCGACCUCAUCUCCGCCCGCAACCUCGCGCACAUCCUCAAGGCGUGCUCCGAGAACGGCGAGGACGAGUAUGAUGCUUGCCUCGCGGAGUGUAUGCGCAUCCUCAAGCCGGGGGGGUACCUCGAGUUCAACAUGCUCGAUUCGGAUAUCAUGAAUGCUGGUCCCCUGGGGCAGGCUAAGUCCGUUGAAUUUGGCUUCUCCCUCAAGACCCGUGGUUAUGAUGCUACGCCUACCAAGGCAUGGCUCGGGCGUCUGUCGCGCGCUGGCUUUGUUGGUGUGAAGCGCGCGUGGAUGGUCCUACCGAUGGGGACGCCGACGGCGGUGGCGCGACCAGUGAGCAGGGAUAGUAUGGGAGUUGAGCGGCCGCUGGAGCUGGAGGCGAUGGUGAUGGGGAGCACGGCGGGCGCGGCGAGUAUUACGGGGCUUGUGGGCGGGUGGGCGUGGGAGAAGUGGAUGCUGAAGCUGCAGAUGGAGAUUGGUGUCGCGGAGGAGAAUUUGCUGGAGGGCGUUGGGGAGAUUGUGGAGGAGGGACGGAAGGCGGGGGCGGGGUGGAGGGGGUUAAGUGGGUGGGCGAGGAAGCCGAGAAGGGGGUAG